UGUUCACAUACAGCUACAUGACACACUGCAUGAAAGGUAACAGUCGAAAAGGCUUAUGGGGGCACUUUAAAUAAAAAACAGAAACAGACUGGAGGAACAUCAGUCCUUCUUCCCCGCAGAGCACCAUUCAGCCCUGUCCGUUCCUGAGAUCUGUUCCUGUCGUUUGUGCUCGACGCCUCGAACCCGGUCCAGAGCCGCCGUGAUGGUGCCGUCUCCGCUCUGCUGAGAGAAGCAGAGGAACGUGGCCCAGAUGAAGCCACAGCAGCCGGUGAAGGCAGUGAGGAUCAGCGGAGGAACCAGAGUCAGGUUCAGGAACUGCGUGUCAUGUAGAGCACUAGAUCGUUCAGCCCAUGACCGUCUGCUGCAGAAGUGUGUGUGAAAGUGACUGAUUUACCUGCAUGACCGGCCAGUACCUCAGUCCCGUCUGCACAGAGAAACAAACACACUGUCCUCCUUCCUCAUAAAUAACUACGGAUCCAUAGCAUCCAGACCUCAGCGUCAGCUCAGACUCACCUGGUACGUGUAGAGGAACUUCUCCCUCCAGUCCAGAAUCUCCUCUCUGCCCUCCAUGAAGCUCACACCUGAGCGCUUCUCCUCUCUUCUCAUCAGUCACACCGAGACUCACCUGAGCUCACCUGUGUAGAAGGCGCUGAUGCCGAGCGGCGCGGCGAGCGUCUGGUCCAGCAGCAGCUUCCGCAGCGCGUUACUGGGGAAGCGUCGCUCCAGAAAGCGCAUCCAAAAGAAACUGAAGUUUCCGUGAAAACCGAACGCGACUACGGCCAUAUUUCUCGUGUGAGUCCAGUCCACUCGUUCUUUACACGAGAAGCACUGGUGAACUAAAUCUCCGCCCGCGAACAGACAGCCGUACAGCGUCACGUUGGUCGCCCACAGCAGCGCGUCGCGCAUCUCAGCGACUGACAGCCACAACAACUGGACUGACUCUCAGCGCUGCGGCAUUAUCUAUCUGUGUACGGAAAUAUUAGAGCUGCUGUCAGACUUCAGAGGUGACCGAGAGCUCGAGACGCGCAUGCGCAGAACCCCCGAUCGCCCCGCCCACUGAGCGGACGAGGAGUUCAACAAAGAACGAACAACGAAUAAAGACCGCCGCCGCGAGCCACUACUUUCUGUUCUUAGCGUGAGAUCAGACAGUGUUUUUAUUUCGAACAUAUUAUUUAAAACAUAUUACUAUACUAAACUUCUUGACAUAUCCCCCUGAUGUUUUUUUGUUUUAAAGAAAUAAGUAAGCGAGCACAUGGGUUUGUUUUUCUGGGGUUUCGAGUCAUUCUGUGUUAAUAUGGCUAAGCUCAUUUAAACGAGGCCUGUUAAUAAGGAACCUUUCUUGCAAAUGAUUUUAAUGAUUUUAAUCUUGAACUGUUACAAUCACGCAUCUAUAGAGAAGCCCAUUCAAGCUGAGAUCAUUUGUUCUUAUUUCUGCAGUCAUUAGAGUACUAUUACUGGCUAUUCAUUUAUUUACCAUGGUCUGUCCAUAUUUGAUCAUGUUUGGAACACGCAGCUGAGCAUGUAGUUCUUUAUAUUUAGCGAGCGACGUUUUCAAAUAGACCUACAUUUAUUGUGCUAAAUGUGUAGAGUUUGUUGCUUUCUGGACAUAUGAAUCGCAUUCUGAUGAAACACUUCAUAAACACCCUCUGUAGGGAACACGACUGAACUCAUUCUUGUGUCCCGUCAUGCCCCGGUGCAUUGUGGUCGCUGUCAGGGGCGCAUGCGCACAACGGCGCUCCAUCUUUCCAUCCCGAGCGCAGAAGAGCAACGGAUGUGUUGAUGCUUUUGGACGUUUUGUUUUUAUUUUUAAACACCGAGAGUCGAUGUGAAACGAGUGCGAGCAGACUCCUGCUCCGUUAUUGUGCUCCAGGGAUUCUGCAGCGAACGCGAUGCGGCGUGAGACGGGUGUUAUGAGGUAGAUCGAGCCGCCGCUGCUGCGCUUCGGCCGCGGAGACACAUCUGAGUGUAAAUCCGCCGCAGGAGCGUUUCCGGCCCGCGCGCGAGCAGGAACCAUGAAUUUGCGAGAGCUGCAUCUGAACGGGCCGCGAUGAGCCGUGCGUCUGAGGAUCGUGAGGUGCGCUGUCUGCUCUGAAGACCCACUGGGAGCCACCACUCUUUCCAUGCGUUCAGUCGUUUGAGGUGGUCCAGAUCGGAAGCGCUUUCGGACUUCUUUCUCAUGGCUUUAAUUGGUCAGACACUAGCGGCGGAGUUCCUGUCUGCAUCGAGUGGCAAAGUAAUGCGGCCCUUUCUCUGGGCUGCGCUGUGAGCGUCUCGCUGCGGUCCUGUUGUGCUCCGUCUUCCCUCUUCUGAGCGUCAGAAUGAGACAUUGUGUCGGGACAGAGAAGAGCGUGUGAUCUCUCACCAGGAGUUUUGCACCGGCCCAUAAAAAUGAAUGGAGGAAAAGAGCGGGAGGGUGUUGAGGGCAGAGGUCAGCUCGCCCAGGUGCCCAUCGGCUGGCAGCGCAGGGUGGAGGCCUCGGGCGUCCUGUAUAUCAGUCCGAGUGGAUCAGUGCUGUCCUGCCUUGAGCAGGUGAAGUCGUACCUGCUGACCGAUGGAACCUGUAAAUGUGGUCUGGAGUGUCCUCUCAUCCUCCACAAGGUUUUCAGUUUUGAUCCUGGUGCGGUGGUGAAGCAGAGGACUGCGGAGGAUGUGAAGGCCGAUGAGGAUGUGACCAAGCUCUGCAUCCACAAGAGGAAGCUGAUCGCAGUGGCGACGCUGCAUAAGAGCAUGGAGCUGCCGCCUCCGUCCCUGACGCUCACCAGCCCCGGCGGAGGCACAAGUGUGACCUCCGUGACCCCUGCCGCACAACCUCGAGCAAUAAGGAGUAAAACCCAUGAAGGCCAACCCGAAUGUAAGAACCCGUUCAAGGCGAUGAUGGCGGCGGGGAAGCGGCACUUCUCUCCGGAUCCGUGCGGCCCACAGCAGCUGGAGGCUUUCCCUGCGUUCUCUAGACAGAGGCUGGCCAGUGGCGGGCACGGAGGCAUGUUGAGCCCUCCCUUGCAAGCCUUCAGCGACGGCUCUCUGUCCCCGCGAACAGACGCUCUCGGCAGCCCUGACGGGUUUGUGCGCAACACCCCCUGUGGCUUCCAGGGGACUGGCAGUCCCGGGGCCAUGCACAGCAGCAGCCGCAUCCCUCGGUCUUCUCCUGGGGUCAUGAUGCACGGCUCACCCGCUGCCCAGUCGGCCUGCAUCAUGGCUGGAAGGACUAACAUGCCUCUGUCCCCUCCGGUCCCUAACAGGAGCCCCAUUAUGAAGAAGCCCCUCUGCAGCUACCCGCCAGGCAUGGACUCCAGCAGGACCGUGUUUCCGCACAAGGCCCCAUCUGCUCCCACCUGCACCCUGCAGAGCAAGCAGCUGAGCUCCGAGAAGGACCCUCUCGGCAUCCUGGAUCCCAUCCCCAGUAAACCCAACCCUUCCGCUUUCCAGCCCAAUGCCCACUCUCAGGUACCAAUGAUGAAUGUAAACAUCCCCCCCGCUAUUGUCCCACUGCCGAGUAACCUACCUCUGCCCUCGGUGAAGCCGGGGCCGGUGGGUCACAUGCAGAGGACACAGCACACCGCCUCCGUCUCCCCGUCGCCCGUCACCUCUCCCGUGCACAUGUCCGGGCCAGCAUUAGGCCGUAUGGAGGCAUCUCCACAGCGCUCCCGCUCCUCCUCCACCUCCUCGGAGCAGGGCGGUUUCGCCGUUCCCCCCUGCGGCAGCAUGAAGGUCCCGCCGCGCUCGCCCCCCCCCCACAAGAUCUCCCCACACCCCUCUCCCCCCACCACCCCUUCCAAAAAACCGGACGCUCUCCACCAGUACAAAGACGUGCCCAGCCAGCUUCUGGCCGGGAUGAGUGCUCAGCACAACCCCAUGUAUCUGCCAGCCCCGGGCACAGUCCCACAGAAGGAGCACCAGGGCCUCUUGGGAAUGCCACUGAACCAGAUCCUUAACCAACACAACGCUGCCUCUUUCCCUGCCAGCAGCCUCCUCUCAGCGGCCGCCAAAGCACAGCUAGCAAAUCAAAACAAGCUGGGGAGCGGCGGGGCAAGUGCGGGGCCAUCUGAUGCCGGCAGGGCCGUCGAAGGCCACAAUGCUCUAAAUCCCAUGCUGCCACCCAACCCCGUCAUGAUCGCGGCUGGUGGCGAGGGCCAGAGUGGACGCGCCGCACUUCGGGACAAGCUGAUGGCGCAGCAGCGCGACCCUCUCCGCAAGCGCAAGCUUCCUCCCAACGCUAACCACGACAGUGCUUUCUUCAUGAGGACGCCCCGCCCCUCAGUCGAGCAGAUGAGAAAAAACGCCCGGCUGCCCUCCAACACGUCGAUGGCUCAGCUGCUGCAGUCUCUGAGCAACCACAGCUCGCAUGUGUCCCGGGGCCGAAGCUUGUGCGAGGCUCCAAGUGCGCAGGUCCAGCAGCGGGUGCACGGCCCCGGAGUGGAGUCUGCGGCACAGUAUCCCACCGGGAUCAACCAGAUGCAGGCCAUGGCGAUGAGAAACUGCGGUCCCGUGAACCAAAGCGGACAAGUUCCUCUCAGAAACCAUGUGAUGGGACACUCAAACGCUCACUUUCAGCCGCGCAUUCCGCCGAACGUCAACUGCAUGCUGCCCGGGGGCGCUGACGCCACGACCGACACAGGUGAUGCGGCGGCGCUGAGCUGCAGCAUGGCUAACACUCCUCAGAUGAUGGGGUCCGCGGGGCACCUGUACCAUCAGCAUCAGCAGCAUCCGGCGCUGCACGUCUCCGCUUAUCCUGGCCAGGGCCAUUCCUUCACUACGGCUUCUUUCACAGACAGUAACGUUCCCAACUCCAACAGCUUGCCUUGCCUGUACCAGGAUUAUCAGGGCUGUGUGCCUGACGGCGGCCCCCCCGCUAUGAGUGCUCUCUCUGGAAACGCAGGCCUGUACCGCGAAGCUCCGCAGAAGCUUCAGGAUGAGGUUUCGGGAGGCUCUGGAGGCCAGAGUUCAGUGGACGCGAUCUACAGAGCAGUGGUGGACGCUGCUGGCAAAGGUAUGCACGUGACCAUCACCGCCAGCACGAGCGGCAGCACACAGGCCAGCCCCGUCCCCGCGCUCAGCGCCAUGAGUGCCUUCACCGCCUCCAUCGGCCCGACACUCGGCCUGCCUCACGCCGUCAGCGCCGUCAUUCAUGCGCCACGCAGAUCCGAGGGCACGAGCCGCCCACCGGCCAACCGCAGGAGCUCCGAGCAGAAAACGCCCGACCGUGCUGACGCCCACGAGUUCUUCCGCUCGCCGCAGCCGCACUGGGACGAGCCCAGCCAUGCACACUGGAGAGGAGAGGAGUUUCUGGAGUGCUCCACACAGGUGCGCAGCAGCAAAGCGGAGAGGAAAUGUCCACCGGAGACAGCCUCCGACGCUCAGACAGACGACAGCGCGAGCCUGCGGUUUAGCCACCGUGCCAGAGAGAGGCUGGAGCUCAACGGAGCGCUGCCUCGCGGAGGAUACGGGGAGCCGCUCACCGGAGAUGACCAGUCGCCCGGAUCCUCCACCAGCUUGGAAGGGCCACUGCUCAAAGACUACACUCACUUCAACGGGCACUUUAAUGGACACUGUGUGCCCAGCCCCUCGGACACCAAGAGUCUCAGCAGCGAGGAGGAGCUGCGGCACCCCGACUCUCCGUCGGCCGAGCUGAUGCACUACAGGCCCCGGGCCUUCAGUAUGGGCGAGCUGGUCUGGCCGAUCAAAGGCUUCCCACCCUGGCCAAACAAACUGAUGGGAGAAGAGCAUGGGCGAAAUCCCAGCAUGCAUCUGUCAGAACAGGCCAAGGUGGAACCAGAGCAGCUGAAAACACUAACACAAGACCUUCAGAUGCUGGACAGAGCCAGCAAAAAAAACAGGAAGGCGGGAAAGCUGAAUCAUCAUUUAGAAGCUGCGAUUCAUGAGGCCAUGAGUGAGUUGGACAAGAUGUCUGGAACUGUUCACCAGGAUCGUCAAGUCAAACUGCCCAAACCCAAGAGGAGGAAGAUCUCCAGAUAACAGCAGCAUCAGUGUCUCUCUUUCUGUCUCUUUGAUCGUGGUGCUACACUCUAGCAGACGGCUCAUCAUGGCCCCGCCCUCAUCCAGUGACUGACAGGUGCUGGAUCAGCCAAUUAGAAAAGGCAGCAAGAAACAAGUUGCUGAAGUUGCUGAACUAUUUUUUCUAGUGUACAAGAAAAAAUAUCAAAAAAACAAAACAAGAAAAUUACUGCAUUUAAAAACACAGACAGUCCAAAUAUUUCUGAUAUGUUUUCGAUGUGUAUAUAGACAAUACAGAAAUUUCAUGGUAAAAACAUGGGAAGAAGUGUAAAUACUGUAGGAUAAUGACAUGUACAAGCCAACUCAAUGCACACUUUAUCUUCAGCUGUACAAAACACAAAACAGAAAUGUCUCAUCGGCCCAUAAGGCCCAGCGACAUUACAAUGAAUAAGAGUCAAUCUGAGACUUUUCUAAGCUUCAGUUUGAGUUGUAUUUUGACUGUGUGUGUGUGUGUGUGUGUGUGUGUGUGUGUCGGAGUGGACUUCACCAGCUGAAUGGGGUAGAUGGGUUUGGCUCGAGCUCGUGGGCUUUUAAAAAUAGUUCAGGUCUUCCAGCACUAAACACUAAUACAUGAAUAUGUUUAUAAUUGUCCCGUGUCAUUUCGCUGUUUUCUGUCUUUAUACGGUUAAGUUGGUCUCUCCUUUGUGGUAUUUGUUUGAGUUAGACAGAACUGGUUUAUGAGGUUUCAUUGGAGUCAUUCAUACUGUAAUGGCCGACGAAGAGGAAAACUAGGGGCCUUAUAAUGGGUGUUAUAAGUGAUGCAUGGACUCCCUGUCUAUUUGACAUGUUCAGUAAACUUGGCAAUAAUACGGCCCUGUGCAGACACUCGCUAAAGCCUUAUACUUAUGUACACACACACUUCAGUAUUAUUCUGUUAACACUGUUUCUUUGCCUUUCAGGUUGCACUCAGUAUUUUCUCUUUUAAAGUUUCACUCAUUGAGAAAUUAACAGUACUUACGGAAAAUCUUCACUUCGCUGUCCACUUAAUAAUAGAAACCUCCAGUGAUAUCAGUAAUGAACUAAAAUUAGAUUUACUCUACAUGAAGAGGCUCAGGGGCCUCAUGACAUCACAUGACCAGCCGAACACCAAUCACCUUAUCUCAGUAAUGUGUAAAAAGGGAAACCGCUGUCAGUAGCUGCAGAUUUGGCUUUUGGCGCUGCAUCCACACGUCAGGAGUCAGAAUCAGUCUGAGAACGGGAACAUCAGCCAGCCGCCGUCAGAAACCACUGAGCAGCCCAAUCUGGGUGUAUUAUGGUGAUGUUGUUGUGUUCGUGUGCUGCAUUAUGGAAAGACACAGAUGAGCUGUAAAUGUGUUGAAUCUUAUCAAGAAAC